AUGUUCGUACCGUGCAGUGUUAUCGAACGCGUCCGCGCAAAAGAGGCCAUCAGCCCUGCUGAGGUCAAGACUUAUUUCGACGAGAGACCUCCUGUUCACCCAGGCUUCAUGCUAGGUGAAUGGCAGGGCCUUGCUGUCCUGACGGGCAAUAAGCUUGUGGGGGUCCUUCACAGUGUCAAAUGGGCUGGGAAGAAUUUCUAUGGAGUCGACCAGGUUGAGCCCAUGGUGUGCCUCGACGACAAUGGCUGUCGCUUUUGUAACCCCAAUUGGGGUGGUGCGCGGGUACGUUGUCCUUUAUUUCCCUUGUAUUAUCAGAGGCUGAUUGUCAAGAUUCGCGAAAUCAAAUGUAACGACACUGUAUCCGCCGCAAUGGUCUAUAAUCAACGACCAGUUAUUGACCAUUUUCGCUAUGUUGAUGAGAAUACAGUCAUUGGGGUGAUGGAAAGCCUUGAUCAUGACAAAUCUAGCCAGGACGAAGACUGUUUGUAUUUUACCUUGGAACGGAUCAAAUGA